CUCUUUCCCUUCAUCAUCCCUGUCUUCAUUUUCACCCUAUCGAUCUGCAGCUUCUCUAUGAUUCAGGGGCAACAACCUUACAUUGGUAUGGCCACAACACAUUGCCUUGGACAUGGUCCUUAUUAUCAGGCAAACACAUCCUACGUUGUCCAGAAUACAGACACCAACUUUUUGAUUGCAAACAACACUUUUGAAGGCCUCUCAACUUGUCAAUCUUUGCAGGAACAAAACCACAACCCUGGAGAUUUAUUCUCCGGUAGAGAACUUGCAGUUCCUCUUAGAUGUGCUUGUCCCACCAAGAACCAAACUGAGAAUGGCAUCAUGUACCUCUUAAGUUACCUUGUAAACAAGGGUGAAUAUGUUUCACUCAUUAGUGAAAGAUUUGGUGUCAGCACUGAGACCACUCUUGAAGCAAAUAGCCUUACUAUGACACAAGCCACCAUCUAUCCCUUUACAACACUUCUAGUUCCCCUUCAUGAUAGGCCCUCAAAUUCUCAAACCGUUUUGCAAGCUCCACCACCUUCGCCACCCUCACCUCCCUCUUCUUCCACAGGUCAAAGUUCAAGCAAAACGUGGGUGUAUGUAGUUGUUGGGGUUGUUGUUGCCUUGAUAUUAGUUCUUGGUGCUGUCAUUCUCUACAGAUACUGUGGCAAAAGUAAAAGGAAAAAAGAUUCAGUGGUUGUUUCUGAGAGUUUUGGGGCAACUGAGAAACCACAAGAGAAGGGAAUGGAGAAAGUGAACGAAAGUUUGUCAGAGAUUAUAUCUGGCAUAGCUCAAUCGUUCAAAGUGUACAGUUUUGAGGAAUUGCAGCGUGCAACAGAUAAUUUUAGUCAAAGCUGUUUGAUUAAAGGUUCUGUUUAUCGCGGUGUUAUUAAAGGAGAUUUGGCUGCAAUUAAGAAGACAGAAGGAGAUGUUUCGAAAGAGAUAGAAAUAUUGAACAAAGUCAACCAUUCUAAUGUUAUACGCCUCUCUGGGGUUAGCUUCAACGAGGGUCAUUGGUAUCUUGUUUAUGAGUAUGCUGCUAAUGGAUCCUUGAGUGAUUGGAUCUUCUUCAACAACGGGGAUGUGAAGUUUCUGAGUUGGACGCAGAGAAUACAGAUUGCAUUGGAUGUGGCCACAGGACUUGACUAUCUUCAUAGUUCCACUUAUCCUCUCCAUAUCCACAAGGAUCUAAAGAUCACUAAUAUUCUUCUGGAUAAUGAUUUCAGGGCAAAGGUUGCAAACUUAAGCCUUGCGAGGUCUUUGGAAAGAGACGGUGACCAAUUUCCCGCGACAAGACAUAUUGUUGGGACAAGGGGUUACAUGGCUCCUGAGUAUUUGGAAAAUGGUCUUGUUUCUACAAAGCUUGAUGUCUUCGCAUUUGGGGCACUGAUGUUGGAAAUCCUCACCGGAAAAGAGGUUGCUACUAUUUUAGCACAAGAUAAUACUAAUCUGUCUGAUGUUUUAAGUGCCAUACUUGGGGAGGAAAGUGGUCAGCAGAGGUUGAAGGAGUUUAUGGAUCCCUCUCUCCAAGCUAAUUACCCGUUAGAACUUGCUAUAUUUGUGGUUGGAAUGAUAGAUAAUUGCAUGAAGAAAGAUCCAACAAGUCGCCCUGCAAUGUAUGAGAUUGUGCAAUCUUUGUCCAUAACCUUGAACUCUUCAUUGAGUUGGGAAAUGUCAGUGAAUAUCUCAGGAUACUAGAGUAGAGCUUUAGCAGGAUUUCUUGAUGGUAAAGUUGUUGAAACAGGAUGCUUCAAUUAAUCUACUAUAUUCUGUAUUUCUGUUAACUUCUUCUGUUUGCUUUAUCAAUAUGUUA